AUGGAAACUCUAGUACUGAUUCCUCAAGAGUUGAGCCUGGCGCUGAGGCCGGGCGGUGCCAGGGGUCGCGAGGCGUCGGUGAGCGUGUGGACCUCCACUGAGCUGCAGCGAGGGUCCUUGCUGUACCCUUUCCAGGGUACCAUCAGGAUUGACAAGCUUCACGUGUACACCUACGUGCCGGACAGCGAUGUCAGGCAUCGCUUUGGUCUCUUCGAUGAAGUCUGUACUACAGGAGGCGUCCAAGUGCGGCACUGUAACUGGGUUCGAUUUCUGCGCGUGUCGGAAAAUUACGGACCACAAGUAAACCUAGUCUGCACGAAGGUGAAGGGUGAACCUGUAUACGAAGCUGUGAAACCCGUCUCCGCACACACCGAGCUCGUGGUCUACUACCUCCCGGAGCGACCUGAGGAGAUGUUCUUCGUCAGAAUGAGGAACAACCUCUACAGACAGACGAUGGACUCUAUAUUAGAAGACUCGCCUUUAGACCUUUCCACGUCUUUACUAUCUCGUGUCCUUCUACCAAUUUCCCCACCGUCGGGCGCAGAAGACGAACAUAAAUCAGUCUCAGGCGAUUCCCUCACAUCUUCAUCAGCAGGAUCAUCAAACGAACUAUUAGACAUGACGCCAAAAAUCCAAAGAAGACCUGCAAAGUCAGAACGAGCGCUAUUACCUUGUGAAGUCUGUGGGAAGGCUUUUGACAGACCUUCGUUGUUGAAGCGGCAUAUGAGAACGCACACAGGCGAGAAACCUCAUGUCUGUAUGGUGUGCAACAAAGGGUUUAGCACCUCAAGCAGUCUCAACACGCACAGAAGAAUCCAUUCAGGGGAGAAGCCUCACCAGUGCCAGCAUUGCGGGAAGCGGUUCACUGCCAGUUCUAACCUAUAUUACCAUCGAAUGACACAUAUAAAGGAGAAACCUCACAAAUGCAACUUGUGUUCGAAGUCGUUCCCCACUCCAGGGGACCUGAAAUCCCACAUGUACGUCCAUAGCGGCUCAUGGCCUUACAAAUGCCACAUAUGUUCCCGUGGUUUCUCUAAACACACCAACUUGAAGAACCAUCUCUUUUUACAUACUGCUAAACAUCAAAGAAACAGCGCCAGAGACGCUACUUGAG